GUAACGUGAGGAAGCCCUGGGAAUUGCGGGAGGGGAGGGUUAUGCAUGGACGUGCCUUAGCGCUGUCACUGUGAUCCACAGGGUUGCAGUCCACCCCUCCUGGGGGUGGAAACAAGCCAUGUCGGAUGGGGACACAGCGAAGGGGUGCAGCCCCGCCGGGAGCGCUCCCGGGGCUCAGCAGCAGCGACAGCUGCAGCAGCAGCUGGAGGAGGAGGAGGAAGAGGCAGAAGCCGCAGCCGCUGCCGCUGCCGGGGCCAGAGCCGGCCGCAACCUCAAGGAGUGGCUGCGGGAGCAGUUCUGUGACAGCCCCCUGGAAGGGGUCGAGGACACCCGGCUGCACGACGCCACCUACGUGGGUGACCUGGGCACUGUCGCCGGCCUCCUGCAGGAGGACAGCUUCAGGAGGCGGAUCAAUGAGAAAUCGGUCUGGUGCUGCGGUUGGCUGCCCUGCACGCCUCUUCGGAUCGCCGCUACCGCCGGCCACGCCGACUGUGUGGACUACCUGCUCCAGCAGGGGGCCGAGGUGGACUUGGUCGACGUGAAGGGACAGACCGCGCUGUACGUGGCUGUGCUGAACGGCCACCUGGGCUGCGCAAGGAUUCUCCUGCAGGCGGGGGCCGACCCCAAUGGGAGUUCCCACCACCGCAGCACGCCCGUGUACCACGCCUCACGGGUAGGCCGAGCUGACAUCCUCAAAGAACUGAUCAGAUAUGGCGCGGACGUCGACGUUAACCACCACGUGUCCAGCCGCACCUCGGUGCCCGCCGCUCGGAGGUUCACGUCGCUGGGCAUUUGCCCCCUCUACAUCAGCUCGGCCUAUCAGCACCUCCAGUGUUUCAAGCUGUUACUGAAAGCUGGGGCGAACCCCGAUUACAACUACUGGGGCCGGGUGGACGUGACGGCCUUUCCCCGGGGAUCUCCUGUCUGCGUCCUUGACGCUGUCCUCCGGCAUGGGUGCGAGGCGCAGUUUGUAAAACUUUUGAUCGACUUUGGGGCUAACUUGAACCUGGUUAACUGGGAGAGCCUGGAUGCGGACACGAUCGGACGGAUGAAGGUGGACGAGGAAGCCUUGCAGGUCUUCAGAGCCGCUCGAGGUACUCCCAGGACAUUGACAUCUUCUUGCCGUAUAGUUAUUAGGAGGGCGCUGGGGAAGUUCCGUUUUCAUCUGAUCCAGACGCUGCCCAUUCCAGACACGGUCAAAAUCUUCCUGUUACAUGAAGACACCUGAGGGAGAAUCACAUCUCACAGCUCUGCAUGAUUUCAGACGGACGAAAAGCCUCACUAUAUCACCCUGCAGUGGAGCAUCGCUGGAAACUCUCGCUUCUGCCACACACAACUGUUGCAAUCUACCUUGGAGAGUGCGUGUUUGCUUCCCUCGCUCUCCGUGCUCCUCGUGAUUAAGAAGACUCGUCCCAAGAAUGAAAUUCAUAACUCUCGGGGCCCCGUUUGCAAAAACACAUAGAAAUCUUAAUAAAAAAGAAACCACGCCCUCAAUUUAAAAAAAAAAAUGUUCGCAUAAAAAAAAAAGUCUACUCGUCAGCCAUAGGUGAUGGUGUAACUUGUGAAUUGAAGGUUUCAAUCCAGUCUCAGGGGUCAGAUUAUGUAGAUCGUUCAAACUCUCCACUCAUUUGCAUGUCAUGCCAUCUGAGCUCUUCAGUUGGAUUACUCUAUCUUGUUGCUGGUAUUCAGGAUCUCCUGUAUGUUUCAGUAGCUACGCAGACUUGGCUGAACAGGUAUAGGAUACAGAAGGUGUCUUCACCUGGCUACAGGGCUACCCAGCUGUGUAAGGUUGGAUUAAUCCCAAUUCAGUUCACAACCAUUUCCUGAAGAUUUAAAUGUUGUGCCUUGAAUUUGACUGCUUCCUACAGCCAAAAGGUGAUAUUCCCCAGUUAUGUUCUGAAGGGAAACUCUGGCUGCCCCUUCACAUUAUAAUGACAUUAGCAGUGGAGUUAACAAGUAGAGGAGGCUCCACAUACAUCCCCAUCCCCAAUGAUGGAGGAGCCCAGGUGCAUCAGCGCAAAAGGCUGAAGCAUUUGCAAUCAUUUUCAGCCAGAGGUGCUGAGUGGAUGAUCCAUCUCGGCCUCCUCCGGAGGUCUC